GCCAUGGAAUGGGCCAAACACAAGAUUACAGUCAAUGCUUAUUGUCCAGGAAUUGUCGAAACUGCAAUGUGGCAUAUGAUUGAUGAAGAAAUAGCAAAAGCUGAAGGAAAGCAAAAGGGAGAUGCCACUAAACAGUACUUAAACAUGAUAACUCUUGGUCGUAUAAGUGUGCCGGAAGAUGUCGCAAACUUUGUAUCAUACUUGGCUAGCAAAGAUUCUGAUUAUAUGACUGGACAAAGUGUUCUCAUUGAUGGAGGCAUUAGAUUUUCUUAA